AUGAAUAUUAUAUUUGAUUAAUUGAUUACAAGGUUUACUUUAGACAAAUUAGACGAAAAUCCAAUUUUGAUCCUAAUAUAGAGGCUUCUGAAGGACUUAGCAAAGCAUUAUAAUGUUGAUCGAAGGUUUAAAAUAAGAAGGGCUAGUUAUGUAUUUAUUCUGCUUAUUAUUUUGGCAAUAUUGAUCACAAUAAUUAAACUUUGCUAAUCUUUGGUGUUGAUAGGAUUUGUAAUUUGCCGCUCUUUUUUAGUAAUAAAUGGAUUAAUUAUAUAGACAUUAAAAAUAUCAGAAUCAAAUAAGUUUUUAGCGCUUGAACUAAUGAAUUGGGUCUUCUUAGCUUUACUACUAUUGUUUCACCCAUUUUUACUAAAAAUCGAUUUUAUUCCCCCUUUUAUUUAGUUAUUUCUGUAUAACCUCCCAUGGUUUCUAAAUUCCAAGUACAAAGUAAUAUGAAGUUAGAUAUACGAUUGAAUUGUUCAAAUUGCUCGAUUCUUUGCUACCUUAAAAUAUGAAACUUGGUCUUGAAUAACCCUACAAGGAAAAUGACAAGGAAUAAUUUUAAUCCCAAUUGGUAUUAGAGGCGUAAAAACAGAAUAGAGUUUAUAUAAGAAUUUGAUGUUAUUAUUUUGUUUUGUAAUUUAUAAUAAG